AUGGUUUUAAAAAGUAAAAAAAAUAAGAAAUAUUCUUUAAAAUAUAUAAAAAAAAAUAAAGCAAAUAGUUUUGUAGAAAAAGAUACAAAAAAAAAAAAUGGUAUUAAAAGUGAAUUUUAUGAUGAAAAUGAAUUACCAUAUUAUGACAGCAAUGACGAUUUUUUAAUUAAAAAUAAUGGAUUGUUUUAUGAUAUUUUGAAAUCUGAUGAUGAAUUAAAAAGGCCAGAAAAAGAAAAUAUAGAAUUUUCAAGCAUAAAUAAAGAAAAAGAAAAACAUUUAGAUUUUGUUACAAUGUCUAUAGCUUUUAAUGUGCCUAUUGGUAUGAUUUAA